AUGAUCCUCAGGCGCCCGCUUCUCAAUGCGACAUCCGCAGUAUCAAUACCGAAGACAUGCGUACGAAACCUCCAGCACUCGAUCCCCAUGCGCCCGGUUCCUAAGCCCAUACCAUUCAUUCCCGAUCACACCGCCUUCCUCAGCGCAAUUGGCCGCGGCCUCUCCGCACACGCAACCAAGAUACCCUCCUGGGAAGCCCUCUUCACACUCACAUCGCCGCAACUGAAGGAACUCGGCGUUGAGCCAGCACGCUCGAGACGCUAUCUAUUACAAUGGCGGGAGAAGUAUAGAAACGGCGAGUAUGGUAUUGGAGGAGAUUGCAAGCACGUUCAAGACGGCGUGGCGGAAUUGAAGGUCGUCGAAGCACCAGUACCGCCAAAUCCCGAACUCGGCAACACCAUAAGUCCCCGAUCCGCAGCUGCCACGGCAACACAUGAUCCGGGUACGAGGAAGCUCGUUGUUAAUGUGCCGGUCGGUGCCGAGGCACCAGUCGAGCCCGUCGAGACAUUACCCAAGGUGCAAGGCGUUAUCGUAAAGGGUGCGAAGACGAUCAAGGGCAGCUUUGUGGAACCAGUCAAGGGAAGCGGAGGUCUACGAGCACGUAUACGGCUGCAAGAGGGUAUCUGGGAAGUAAGGAGAGGGCACAAGGUCGAUGGUGGCGAGAGGAGAAAGGCAGAGGUGCGGGCGAAGCGCAGGGCGGCCGAGAACAAGGAGAAGGCGAGGUAG